UAAUCAAGCUAACAUGAAAACUGUGUUCCCUCAUUUCCAUCAGUAUGUGAAUUUUGCAACCAGGGGUGGAAGCACGCUGGACAUGGUGUUCAGCAAUAUUAAACAUGCAUUCAAAGCUGCACCACGCCCCCACCUUGGCUCCUCAGACCAUCUAUCUAUGAUGCUAAUUCCUGCAUACAAGCCCCUGCUGAUCAGGAAGCAAGCUACAGUGAAGCAGGUGAGGACCUGGCCAGAGGGAGCAAUGGAAGCCUUACAAAACUGCUUCGAAAGCACAGACUGGAACAUGUUCAAGGCAGCCGCCACCAAUAAUCAUAACACCUGUGUGGAGGAGUAUGCAGAGUCUGUGUCCGCAUACAUUCAGAAGUGCAUAGAGGAUGUCAGUGUGAUCAAGAACAUCCCCACACGGGCCAACGAGAAACCCUGGAUGAACAGUGAGGUACGUGCAAUGCUGAAGGCUCGGAACAAGGCUUUUAAGUCUGGCGACAUGGUAGCAUUAAAAACAGCCAGAGCUAACCUGAACCGUGCCAUUAAGGUUGCAAAGCGUGCUCACAGUCAGAAAGUGCAGGACUUCUUCGAGAACCCCACAAACACUAGACGAAUGUGGCAGGGCAUACAGGUCAUCACGGACUAUUAAGCUGCCCCCCGUCCCUGUGACAACAGUAUCAGCUUCCUAAAUGACCUUAACAACUACUUUGCAAGGUUUGAGGCACUUAACACCACUCUGGCGAGAAAAUCCAUCCCUCGCCCUGAUGAGCAGCCACUCAACCUGGACAUAGCGGAUGUCCGGAAAACCCUGAGGAGAGUGAACUUGAUGACAUUCCGGGCAAGGUGCUUAAGGGAUGUGCAGACCAGCUGGCUGGGGUUCUCACAGACAUCUUCAACAUCUCGCUGACCCAGGCUGUGGUACCAUCAUGUUUUAAGACGGCCACACUCAUUCCAGUGCCUAAAAAACCUACAAUCUCCUCCCUCAAUGAUUAUCGCCCCGUUGUACUCACCCCCAUCAUAAUGAAGUGCUUCGAGAGGCUAGUAAAGGAAUAUAUUGUCUCCAGACUUCCCCCCACAUUCGACCCAUACCAGUUUGCUUAUCGCCCUAACCGCUCAACAGAGGACGCCAUCUCCUCUGCACUCCACCUGAGCUUAGAACAUCUGGAAGGAAAGGACACACACGUGCGGAUGUUGUUUCUGGACUUCAGCUCAGCAUUCAACACCAUCAUCCCGCAGCACUUGACAGACCCCAGUCUGUGAGAGUGGGCAACAAUACCUCCAGUGCCAUCUCCCUGAGCACCGGCUCCCCCCAGAGCUGCGUCCUGAGUCCGCUGCUGUU